GCCGACUUGCGUUUCGCCCCAUCCUCCCGCCGCCGUGCUAGUCCUCCGUGUAUUCGCACUUCAUUCGCGAGUAGCAACCGCCCGCACCUGCAGCCCUCCACCUGCACAGACCAGCACCCGCGUCCAACACCUGCCGCGCAGCCCCCCUCCGACUUCGCCGUCGCCGCCGUCCGCACCGCAGCCCAGCAGCGCUCGUCGUCGCCACCGCCAGCACCGCGCUCAGCACUCGUCCGUCCGGACCGCAUCGCUCGCCGUCGCUUCUUCCCGCGCACCAACAUGAACUCCGGCAUGCAGCAGUACGAGUGGCCUCUUGGCCAGCCGGCCCAGCAGCCGGCGCAGCAGUCCGCCCAGCAGUUCAACGUCGGCACCACCGACAGCGGCGAAAUUACGCUCGCGCGUAGCCAGAUGCUCGAGAGCAUCUCGCACCUCUCGUCGUCGCUGCGCAAUGCCGCGGCGCAGUGCGACAACUUCGCCAAGAUCGUCGCGCGCAGCCACCCCGUCGCCGCUGCGUCGGCCUUCCACGGUAUCGGCGCCGACUUCCUCGCGCUUGCCAACGGCACGUCGACGAUUGGCGCUGCCGCGCUGGGCCAGGCGCUGCCGGCCGCCGUGCCCGCCGUGUCGCCGGGCCACCCGGGCCGCAAGUCGAUGAGCAAGGAGGAGAAGUCGGCCAAGAAGAAGGAGCGCAAGCUCAACCGCGACCCCAACGAGCCCAAGCGCCCGCCCAGCGCCUACCUGCUCUUCCAGAACGAGGUGCGCGAGGACAUGCGCGCCCGCCACCCCGACCUCGUCUACGCCGACGUGCUGGGCAAGGUCAGCGAGGCGUGGAAGUCGCUCAGCGACGAGCAGCGCAAGGUCUACCAGGACAAGACGAUCGAGUCGAUGGCGCAGUGGAACGCCAACAAGAAGGCCUACAGCGAGGGCACGUUCAACGGCAUCACCGACUACAGCAACGCCGGCGCCGCGCCCGCCGAGGAGGAGGACGACGACGACGACGCAGGCGCCGCGGCCGCCGUCGCUGCCGCCGUCAGCAUGGGCUUCCCGGACCAGUCGCGCCAGGACGCCGACACGACGCAGCAGGGCGUCGACCCCACGCGCAAGCGCUCCAGCAAGGACAAGGGCGAGAAGAAGGAGAAGAAGCGCAAGGCUUAGCUCCAUUCCUGCUUGUCUGCUCUGAUACCUCUUCUUGUACUCUGUGCCCCGUCACUGUCCUUCGUGGCGCCCUGCCUGCGCUCGCCAAGCUGCUCGUCCGUGUGUACUGCCCCUGGUGCGCGAGCCGCAUCGGCACCCUUGUAGCAUCGUCACCUUCGCGCUCGCCUUUUCUUCCCAAUGCAACCGCUGCCCUUC